AUGAACUCACGCAACGAAGCUGGAGGGGUAAUACCCAUGGACUACGAGUGGCAUGGUGGAAGCUCUGGACCAGUGGACUUCACCUCGCCCUUUUCGCACGUCCGAAGGCAACCCUCACAGGACAACAAGAAGCGAUCACAUCAGGUGUUCGAAUCUCCUGAGAAGCCAUCUAUACCUGCACUUCGACCACCAAAUUCCCAGUCAUCCUUCCUCUUCUCUCCUCCGCGGCAACAAGCAGCUACUCAGUCCCAGUCGUCGAUCUUCGGACAGCCGGCAUUUAUGACGCCCCGAAAGUUGGAAGUUGAUUUCUCAUCCGGCGCUGAGAACUUUUCCUCGCCUGAAAUAGCCGACAAUGAGGAGACACCUGAGCAACAGACAAGAGGCACGCGGCGCAACUCAUUAUUCAACCAGUAUGGCCGCUUUGCUCCCAGUCCCGGUCGGGGGGAAAUUCCACGCAAGAACAUCUACUCGCGCGCCGCGGCUCGCAAGGUACAGAAACGUCGGACGCGAAAUCGAGAUAGGGCCAUUGAGAGAGAGGUCCAGCUAGACGACGACGACGAGGACGAUGACAGCGACAGGCCGGGCAGCAAUGAAGGACGGAUCGAAAAGAAGAGGAGGCAGAAGAUUGCGGAGCCUGGUACCGCACCAUCUCAGUCCAGCUCCGCGAGAAUGGGUUUCUUCAAGCAAGUAUUGACACUCUUGGAAGAGCACCCAAAUGUCCCCGCAAUUCUAUCGUGGUGGGCACAGCUUGUCGUGAACUUGUCGCUGUUCUCCCUCGCCGUUUGGAUGGUUUUCUCCUUCGUCGCGGAGAUCCGCAACGAGUUCGACGCAGUGGCCAGCAAGGAGAUGGAUUCCAUUCUGCACAGCAUCGCAGAGUGUAUGCAGCGAUAUGAGGACAACAAAUGCGCUGCUGGGAAUUUGGUACCGGGCCUGAUUCCGAUCUGCGCUGCCGAUCGGAAAUGCAUGGACACAGAUCCAACCCAUGUGAGACGGGCUAUGCUAUCUGCCAGAACGAUGGCCCAGAUCAUCGACAGCUUCAUCGAACCCAUCUCAUGGAAAGCUAUUAUCAUCUUCCUCGCCACCAUCGGAACCGUAGCCUGGGCCAGUAACUGGUCCUUCCGCUCCUUCAGAAACAACCGCCUGAACCAGGGUUACCCACAACACGACUAUCCACCGCCUCCUCCGCCUGUGUACAACCCCAACAUGCACGGCCAAGCUCUUCAUCUCCAACAAAAUCCCACAUACGGCUUCCACGGCCAACAAGAAUCGCCUUCGAAAAAUUAUACCGAAAGGGACGAGGACGCGCCCCUUCUGUUGGAAAAUACUCGAGCAAUGGACUUUGUGACAGAGAGAUCGCGUGAGAGAGAAAGUCAUCUUCGCACACCGAGUCCAUCGAAGCGAAUGCAUCGGCAAUUUGCAUAG